AUACCUCUCAAGUUCCCAGGCCGACAUGGAAGGAUUUGAACAAUGGACAACACAGGCAGAGCGAUUGUCUUCUCGAGUAUUACAACAAUUGAAGGAACAGGCAAAGCACUUGCCCUUUCAGGCACAUCAAAACCUUCAACAGGUUCCACCUGUUCGGAUCUAUGCUGCUGUUGUCAUUGUGCUAGUAACCUUCUUCUUACACAUAUCGGGGGAGGUUGUUGAAGCGCCAAAAGCUAAGACCUUACUCUUGACUGGGCUUAGUGGGAGUGGGAAGACUGUUCAUUUUUAUCAGCUUCGGGAUGGCUCCUCUCAUCAAGGGACUGUCACAGCCAUGGAACCAAAUGAGGGAACUUUUGUGCUCCAUUCUGAAAAAUCAAAGAAUGGUAAGAUAAAGCCUGUACAUCUUGUUGAUAUUCCUGGGCAUUCUCGCCUUAGACCCAAGCUACCCGAGUUUCUGCCCCAAGCAGCUGGUAUAGUCUUUGUGGUGGAUUCUCUGGAUUUUUUACCAAUGCGUGCUGCUUCAGAGUACCUGUAUGAUAUCCUGACCAAGAAGGCAUCUGUAGUGAAGAAGAAAAUUCCAGUUCUUAUUCUCUGCAAUAAGAUUGACCAAAAAAAAAUUCUCUGCAAUAAGACGGACAAAGUGACAGCACAUAAUAGCAAGGAUUUUAUUCGGAAACUUUCUGUAUAUGACAGCGACAAAUUACGAGCAUCAAGAAGUGCAAUAUCAACAGCUGAAAUUGCAAAUGAUUUUACGCUCGGGGUACUUGGGGAACCAUUUUCAUUCCUUCAAUGUCAGACCACAGUUAAAGUUGCUGAAGGUGCUGGUAUUACUGGUAAAAUAAUUGAGGUGGAACAAUUUAUCAGGGGGCAUGUAAAAUCUUAGGUGCUUUCUCUGAGUCGUUGAAUGUAUGGUGCUUCUUCUAUGAGAGUUGGGUUUAUGUUGUUAUUUGAUAAUUGAGAGUCCUCCAUGAAGAUACAAAAAAUCAAUUAAACUU